GCCAUGGAGCUGCCGCUACCGGGCUAAGCAGGUCCAGCCCGCCGGUCCCGCGGCGAUGUCGGGCUACCCGCGCCGCCCGGGCGCCACCCCGCUAUCCCGAGCCCGGAGCCUCGUCAUUCCCGACGCUCCAGCGUUCUAUGAGCGCCGGUCUUGUCUCCCCCAGCUAGACUGUGAGCGUCCCCCUGACAGGGACCAGGACUCCCACUUCUUCGGCAUUCGGCCGACAUUUAUGUGCUAUGUGCCCAGUCCGGUGCUAGCUUCCGUGGGAGAUUCAGAUUUUGGCUAUGGAAAGGGGAAAUGUACUAAGCAAGGUCCAUCCGGAGCCCAUGAGACACGUUUUGGAGAUGACAAACUUGAAGAUCUUGAAGAGGCAAAUCCAUUUUCCUUCAAAGAAUUUCUGAAAACCAAGAACCUCAGCUUGUCCAAAGAAGAUGUAACCAACAGAAUUUAUUCAAAGGAAGCGGCGAGGCACUCAGUGAGACUCGACCACAACUCUCCAACCAACCAGCCCGUGGGGUAUGGCCUGGAAUAUCAGCAGCCAUUUUUCGAAGACCCAACAGGAGCUGGCGACCUCCUAGAUGAGGAGGAAGAUGAGGAUGACGGGUGGACUGGGUCCUAUCUGCCAUCUGCCAUGGAGCAGACGCACUCUGCAAGGGUUACUGCCAGCACAUCACCCUGUGGCACGUACCUGUCAUUUUUUUCCACUCCGUCGGAGCUGACGGGGCCCAAGUCUCUGCCCUCAUGGACACUGAGUGACACGGACUCUCGUGUGUCUCCGGGAUCCCCAACGGGGAGUCCUGGCACAGACUUUGCAGCUCAUGGAGAGUCUCUGGGAGACCGGCACCUACGGACGCUGCAGAUAAGUUAUGAGGCAUUAAAAGAUGAAAAUUCUAAGCUAAGAAGAAAGCUGAAUGAGGUUCAGAGCUUCUCUGAAACUCAAACAGAAAUGGUGAGGACACUUGAGCGGAAAUUAGAAGCAAAAAUGAUCAAGGAGGAGAGUGACUACCAUGACCUGGAGUCGGUGGUUCAGCAGGUGGAGCAGAACCUGGAGCUCAUGACAAAGCGGGCUGUAAAGGCAGAAAAUCACGUCAUGAAACUGAAACAGGAAAUAAAUUUGCUCCAGGCUCAGGUCUCCAACUUCAAACGUGAGAAUGAAGCUCUGAGGUCAGGCCAGGGUGCCAGCUUGACUGUUGUGAAGCAGAACACCGAUGUGGCCUUACAGAACCUCCACGUUGUCAUGAACAGUGCACAGGCUUCUAUAAAGCAGCUGGUUUCCGGAGCCGAAACGUUGAAUCUUGUUGCCGAAAUCCUUAAAUCUAUAGACAGAAUUUCUGAAAUUAAAGACAAGGAGGACGACUCCUGAGGAGCAUUGCGAUGCUCUCGGCUCAAAGCCCUGUGCAAACCCAAGGUCACUCCUGCUUCAUCUGAACAUGUAAUUGUGUCUUUAACUGUGCAGUUUUCACCCAGAGUAAAGUAUUUAUC